CCCGUCUUGCCUUUGAUUCACGCUAGCGGCUUUUUCUGUCGCUUUCGCCCACUCGUUCCAAACGGCCGCUGCGCUGCGCUGCCUGUUCAUUCCUCCCUGCCUGCCCGCCGUCCUCGCCCGCUCGAAAUAAGAGUCUCGCCCGCGCCCUCCAAACCUGCAACUCUUCAACCACUUUUUUCUUCCGCUUCUGCCCAUUUUCCACUGCAAGCUCCAUUUCAUCGCGUAUUUCACGCUACUUUUCCCCGCGUCAGCCAUCACUUUCACCCUUCUCCAUCCAAUACAAAAUGUCUGGACGCGGCAAAGGCGGUAAAGGCCUCGGCAAGGGUGGUGCUAAACGCCACCGCAAGAUCUUGCGCGACAACAUCCAGGGCAUCACCAAGCCUGCCAUCCGUCGUCUCGCUCGCCGUGGCGGUGUCAAGCGUAUCUCUGCCAUGAUCUAUGAAGAGACACGCGGUGUUCUCAAGUCCUUCCUCGAGUCGGUUAUCCGUGACGCUGUCACCUAUACUGAGCAUGCGAAGCGCAAGACUGUCACCUCCCUGGACGUUGUCUACGCCCUGAAGCGCCAGGGUCGCACCCUGUACGGCUUCGGUGGUUAAGCGCUGUCGCGUAACGCUUUCCCUCCACUUGCUAGCAGCCGUGUUCCCCAUCCUCAAGCCAGGACAGAACUAAAACUUUCCGGAGGGAUGGUGCUGCGAUUGCAGUGCAGGAUAGUCACGAUGUAUUCGUCUAUAUGUUUGUAGUCAUUUUCAGUCCCCGUCGUCGUGACGACGAUUCUCGAGGAAACUGAGGUUGGCAUUGAGCAUAGGUAAUUCUACGAAGACAACAGGUGUCACAUUGGCGUUUUUGGGUUUUGUUGUCUUCUACCACCGGUAGUUCAGCACAGUUUGCCAUGGGGCUAGAGUAGCAAGGCAAAUCACAAUUGAAGCAAUUUAUCUUUGACAAA